CCUCUACGAUGUGGAGAAGAUCAAAGCGUGAGUCCUGACUUGGAUACGUGAGAUGAGGAACUCGGGCAAGAAAAUCACGACCGUCAGGUACUACCUCCACAACAUUGCCCAGUUCCUAGAAUAUCUCCUGAACGUGAGGCCGAAACACAUGAAGCUGACCCUGGAGCAAAACCGGGAGAUCCUGCAGCUGGUGGAGAAGGCCAGGAAGGAGACGAGCCGCGACAUUGUUGUCCACCAGAACCGUGUCAAGCGGAAAAAGAUGGACCAGAUACCCGACGCCGAGACCAUCCGCACCUGCCUGCGCGUGGCUCCGGCCGCCAUCUCCGACCUGCUCGAUAAGCUGGAGGCUGACUCCAGGCAAACAACCACCCGCUACCUCCUGUAUGGGUACCUGACCGCGUACUGGGCCUGCAUGAGCGGCCACAAGCCCAGCGUCUUCAUUAAUAUGAAGGAGGACGAGGUCGUCGCCUCGGAGAAAAAACUGACAGACCAGGGAGUCCUCAUUAGGGUGGCUGACCACAAGACCACCGUCAGGUUCGGGGAGGCCAACCUGGCUGUGACUCGUGCUGAAUUUGACUGGAUCAGGCGUCUUCUGGCUAUAAAGCGUACCGUGAGGUCCAGAAAUCGCUACGUCCUGUUCACUCUGGGCAAGCAUCCCUUCAAAAACGUGAACAGGUACCUCCAGAUGGCGUGGGACAAAAUGGGCCUAAAGGGGGAAAUUAACUUCACCCUCAUCAGGACGGCCCUGGCAGACGGAGCAAAGUCGCUGCUGCCCGAGGAGCAGAGACGGAAAGUGUCCUUCUCAAUGUGCCACGACACCAGGACGACUGACCGGUUCUACACCAGGAACCCCAACCUGUCAGACGCCAUGGAGGUACGAAAGACCAUGGAGAGGAUGCUUUCCGGUCUAGACCUCAUGCCCACGCCAAGUCGCGCCGUAGCGCUCGACCCAAAACGGCUGACGCCGUCCGAGCCAGAGGACGCACCUGGCCCGUCGGACACCGCCCUUCCCGGCCCAAGCGGAACCGCGCAGGCUAAAAGGGGUGGGAAAAAGACCGCAAAAAGACAGAGGGAGACCACCGCUUCGUCCAACUCCAACUCCCGUCUUAAGCGGACUCCCAGUCCGCUUAAGACGGCAAAUCUGAGGGUCCAGAGGACCAGAGAGGCCAGCCAGAAGGUCAAACGUGUGCUUAGGAAACACACUGGCUUGUAG